AUGGAAGGUUCCUCUUCAUCGGUUCAGGAUCCUAGCCUGCCUCCUGUUGCGGCUGGCAUUGAUUCUCUUGUUCUGGCAUUUCUGUUGGGUUCUCACCCAAUGCCCACACGAGCAAAGGCUGGUAUUUUCAAGACUCGUCAUCUGGCAAACCUCAAUGUUUUGGGCUCCUCUGGCUUUCUCUAUGCCCUGCUUGCAUCUAUUGAACCCAAAGGAUUCAAAUCUGCUGCCAAGAAUCCUGCCUGGCUUGCUACCAUGGAUGACAAAGUUCAUGCUCUGCAAAACAAUCGUACCUGGAUCUUGGUACCCAGACUUGACUACACCAACACUUUUAGUCCUGUUAUCAAGGCCACUACUAUUUGUGUUGUACUUUCUCUUGCUGUUACAAAUCGAUGGCCUCUUCGCCAACUGGACGUCAAGAAUGCCUUUCUCAAUGGUACUCUCAUUGAAACUGUUUAUAUGGAGCAACCUCCUAGCUUUACUCGCAAGCUCAAUUUCGAGUUUGCUACCAAAGAUUUGGGUUCCCUCAGUUAUUUUCUUGGUUUGGAAGCCACCUUCACUAAUGAUGAUAUUUUUAUCAAUCAACUGAAGUAUACACGGGAUAUCCUUACUUGGGCCCAGUUACUUGAUAGCAAGCCCGUUCACACUCCCAUGGUGGUCUCCCAGCAGCUGAGUAGAAAUGAUUCCCCUUUCUCAAACCCCACUCUCUACAGAUCUCUUGUUGGUGCCCUACAAUACUUGACCAUCACACAACUCGACAUUGCUCAUACUCGCAUUCUUCGCUAUGUCAAGGACAACCUUCACUUUGGUCUUACCUUUCACUCUUUUGUUGCUUUCGGUGCUUUGGUUGCUUACUCUAAUGCUGACUGUGCUGGCUAUCUCGACACUCUUCGUUCUACUUCUGGUUACUCUAUCUAUCUUGGCGAUAAUUUGGUUUCCUGGAGUGCCAAGAAGCAACCUACUGUCUCCCGUUCCAGCUGUGAAUCUGAAUAUCGUGUUCUUGCGACCACUGCAGCUGAACUUCUCUGGCUCAUGCACCUCCUUCAGGACCUCAAGGUUCCCCCUAUCACAUAA